GGAGGAGGAAGACGCGGUGCGGUUCUGAAGCGGCGUCUUCCUGAGGGCGAAGCUCAACGGCGGGCGCCUCCUUCCUCUUGGCCUUGCCUUUCCCCGAGCCUUUCCCCCACCAUGAGUGCGGACGCGGCGGCUGCGGCUCUGUGAAGGGAAGGCCGAGGCCCGGAGGCAGCUGCUCUUGGCGGAGGGCUGCUGAGGGGGAGGAGGAGGAGGCCCCGCCCUCGCUUCCGGAGAGGACACCGGCCUCCCUCUCUCUCUCUCUCUCUCUCUCUGGCGCCCUCUCUCGGCCGGCGUCUUCAUAGUGCCACUUCUGCGGGAACUCGGAGCUAUUCCUGGGCUACAAUGAUCACAGUCUGAGAUUACAUUCUUGGAGAUCAAUCAGAGUUAUCUAGAAUGGCCAGCAAGAAAGAACCUCCUUUCUUCAAUGAAGAUACCAUUGGAACAUGCCAUUGUGAACUUGCUUUCUAUGACAUUAUGGAAAUUAUAAUUGAAACUCUCACAGGAACAUGCUUUGAACUGCGAGUAUCUCCUUUUGAAACAGUUAUUUCUGUGAAAUCUAAAAUUCAGAGACUAGAAGGUAUUCCUGUAUCCCAGCAGCACUUAAUAUGGAAUGAAGAAGAGCUGGAAGAUGAUUAUGGUUUGAAUGAUUAUGAAAUUUCAGAAGGUUGUACUUUGAAGCUGAUAUUGGCAAUGCGAGGUGGACCUAUUAAUACUAGAAGAGUUCCUGUGGCAGAUCCCAUUAGGGAAAUAACAGAAUACAUGGAUCCCAGCCAGGAUGACCUCUGGGAGAAGAUCCCAUCCAAUAACCAUGCUACCUUCUUGGUUUAUCGGGAAGGAGACCAGCUGAACUUCUUCCGUAUUAUAGACAGAGGAGAUGGAACUUUAACACCAAUAUCUGAAUCUUUGAGUGCUGGUUCGGUUUAUAAUUUGGGUACUGAAAACAAUGAAGAUAAAGAGGCAUGUCCUUCUAGUCAGCAGAUGAUUGAGAACUCCAUCACAAUGAAUAAAAUGAAAUUGCUCAAGAUGAAGAUGGAGAACAUAAAUCUCAGCAAAAAACCCAAUAGAACUGUUAAAGGGACUCCUCAUCCUCCAAAUGCUCCACGUUCAUCUAGCGGCUCUGUGACAAGUACACAUCAUAAAUUACUCCGAACACUCCCCCACAUUGGACAGCCCUGUUUACCUUCUGAAAAUGUACUUACCUCAGAAACAUCUCAAAAGACACUUUCAGUUUUGCCGGCUGCUGGUAGGAGAAUGCCUUCCAUUUCUAGCAACUUUAUUACAGAAAACAACAGAAUGGAAAGUAUGCAACAGACUCAGUCGAUUAGCAGCAUUGCAACACCACAGAAAGUAAUAUGCAUGCAGAAAGAAGAUGCAAAAAUAUCUAUAGACACAGUUCUUCCAGUUCUAGCUCCACUCAAAAGUUCAGAAAAAAAUACCGAAACUGGUGGAUCAACAAAUGAGAAAAGUUCUAUUUUAUAUCCCGAUACCUCAAAUGUAAACUCAUAUGCUACAGAAGAAAGGCUAGGAGAAUCAAACUUUACUGAAGCAUGCAGUGAAUUGUAUGAAAUAGGAAAAGUGAAUACAGAGUGCAGAUUAUCUGAGGGGGAUGUCGACUCUUCCAUUGCAGAGCAUUCUAACAAGUCCAUUACAAAAAGUCUAAGCAUUACACCAGCAGAUAGUACAUUUCGAAGCUCUCAAGAUAUCAGUCAUCAGAGAAAUGCACAACUAUCACCUCUUCGCUGUACAAAUUAUUCAGCACCAAUUGUACAUUACAGUCCUCAGAAAACUCAAACACACUCCAAAUCUUUAGAAGUUGGUAACUUGAAGCCUGUUGCCUCUCCAAAUGUCCUACAGCCGCUGGAGGUGCAGAACUUAGCAGAUCCCUCUUAUCCAAGGACUUCUAGAUUUCAUUGUGAUGCACCGUCAAAGCAUUCUGUUGUCAAAAGACCUGAUACCCAUUCUAAAAAGAAGGCAAGGGAAACCACCGGAGUGCCAAUGAAAGCAUCCAAAGAUCCUGUUUUUUCUGUAAAUAAUGGGGGGUUUCUUAGUUCGAUGACUCAAAGCACGAACAGAAAUGGGUUGAAGAAUUCCUGUGGCACAAGCAGGUUUUGGACUUCUGGUAUUCCACUAACUACAGAUCUCCAGCAUUUUCAAGAAGAAAGAUUUAGCUUGGUCCCUUCCUAUGAUGACAUGCCGGGAUACCUUUUGUCAUCUGGAGUUGGAUUGAAUGGAAAUAUUGUGAAUACUGGGAAAAGAGCAAUAGGUGAUCCAACUCAUUUUCCACCAGUGAAUGGUUCAGCUCAGCCUAAAAAGAAGAUUACAAAUCAUUGUUUCUUUUGUGGAAAGAAAACCGGAUUGUCUACUAGCUUUGAAUGUAGAUGUGGAAACAAUUUCUGUGCCACUCACCGCUAUGCAGAGACUCACACAUGUACCUAUGACUACAAGAAUGCGGGGCGGAGGUACUUGCAGGAGACCAAUCCCGUCGUCACAGCACCAAAGCUUCCUAAAAUCUAAGCCCAAUUUUGUAGCAUGCAUAUGUUUCCUGGAGGAACUCUUAUAAUAUUGAGACUUGUUUGAGCUGCUUUUCUUUUGCUGUGUUCCCCACCUAAAGAUGAACUAAUAACAGUAUCAUAUGAAGCUGCAUAAUAUUGAAGAAUAAUGUGAACCCUUUUGCUGCUGACAUAUUUUAUUCUUUAGUGAAUCAAAAUUUAAAGACUGUUUUUUUGAAAAUGUAUAUGCUGAUCUAACUUAUAUUAUUAUAUCUCUUGUGUUAAUUGUUUUAUAUUUGAACCUCCUCCUUUUGUUAGAUAAGUCUUUUACAAGUUUUAUUUUACUUAGUUGUAAGAUACAUAUUUUCUGCUGGAAUUUGGGAGGGUGUUGUUCUAUUUUGCGUUUAUUCACUCCAAAAAUAUUGCUUUUGUAAGAAGUUCCUCAUUAUAUUGAGCCAGCCAUUUGAAAAUUUAGGGAGUGCUGAAUUCCACUCAUAUAUUUUGUAUCUACUAUGGUACAAAAUAUUUAUCCCACUAUUUCUUACCUGGUGUUUUUUUUUUUUUUUU